AUGUCGUCGCCCAUGAAGUCAUCACGAACCCCUUGCGCCGAAGGGCAGCAACAGCAACAACAAUCCACCGCUCCCGGCAGUGAGCCCUUCCUCCCGCGCGGCCUCUCCGCAGCAAGCAACAACAACACUACCACCACCACCAAAACAGCCGAUCGCGCGAAGUCCAACGGCGCCGCGAACGCGAACGUGAACACGUCGAGCUCCUCGGUCUAUGCGCACAUGUCGACUGAUGGUACUUCUACGUCGGACCUUGAACGGCGGCGGAGGUCUGGGAAUAACCACUACAGCUACAGCUACAGCAGCAAAUACAGCGGCACAUACUUCAUCGACACCAAUGUCGGCAAUGCCAAUACCGAUCCCCACUCCCAGCCCGUGCCGGUGCCACAGGUGUCGCCGUACACCACCGGGCCGCUGGCGGGAGCGUCAUACACCGCGUUGACGCAGAGCAACAGCGCGCACUCGCUCUCGCACACGACCGCGGGCUACAUGGGGGGGCAAUCGAGCAGCAGCGGCUCCUCCAACCAGCACCAGCACCACCUGGUGCACCACCACAACGGCCACAGCCAGAGCAUGCAGCAGAGCUCCAGCUCGAUGCAGCUCGUCGGCGGCGGCAAGAACCCGUUCGCGGCGUCCGGCUCCUCCGGCGGCAGCAGCAGCCUGGCCAUGGUCCAGCACCAACACACGCACACACACCACAGUCGCACGGGGCUGCGCCGGAGUCUCAGCGGGAUCUGGCGCUCGCUCAAGGAGUCGGAGCGCGAGCAGAUCGGCCAGUUUGAGGCGUGGGCCGAGGUCGAGGGGAUGUGUCGCGACUGCUUCGAGCCCGGGUCGUCCGCCGCCGAUGCGCCAAGGAAGCAUCAUGUCAGUGAGCGGUGGGACGCGAAGCGCCGCGUGUGGGUGCCGAGGAGCCCGAGGGGUUGGGGCGAAAGGAGGAGGAGGAGGUCCACGUCUUCGUCCGAUGGAACCGGCAGUAGCACUUCCAGCUCGGACUCGUCGAGUGACGACGCGGGAUUGUCCUCGGGGUCGAGACGGAGGAAGCAUGUGUACCGCAGGAUCCGCCACGAGCGGAAGAUCGAGAGUCGGCGGCGGAGACAGGAGGAGAUUCGGAGCGCGGAGCAAUCGCAGGGCUUGUUUGGAAGGGUUGGACGAGCGCUCGGCGUCGUCAGCACUACCACCGCCAGCAGUAGCAGCAUGAUCAAGCACUCAUCGUCGUCGACAAAGGUUGUGCACUCGUCGUCGUCGUUGACCGCCGGCCUCCACGCCGGCGGAAGCGCCGCGGGGAAGUCCAGCACUCUCUUUUACGAUCCGGGGUACGGCGCGGACGGCACUCCACACCCACACUACUACGUAGAGGAGGAGGAGGAGGAGCAGGCGCGUCGCUCACGGCGAUCGCACGACGGCGUGUACCAAAGCGUCAAGCACUCGAAGUCCUCGUCGUCCAUCAUGGGCAGCCUGUGGGGCGGCGCCAGCAAGAAGAAGGAUAAGGGCAAAUCGCGGCGCGGCUACCACUCCAAGAGCUCGAGCAGAUCCUCGGUGUUUAGCGCGCCGAGCUCAAGCUCCGACAACGGCCUCGCCUACGGCUCGUCCGUCGGCUCGCGGUCGACCAGCGGCGGCGGAGGAUUCUUCAGUCGCAGGAAGAAGCAGAAAGCGACGUCGGUCGCAUCGUCGGAUGCGCUCGCGUACGGUGAUCUCUACUCAACCUCGCCGGAAAUGCCGUGGGGCUCGUUCUCGCCGAAGAAGCCCGCGCCGAUCUCGAUGGCCGGCUCGAUCAAGUCCGCGCUGUGGGGGUCGAAGAAGAGCGAGCGUCGCAGCUCGUGGGACGUGGUGAUCGACAAGCGGCAGCAGCAGAACAACGGGUCGUCGAGCCGGGUUGGCGGCGGGUACAACUACAGCGACGUCGCGCUGACCCGUCACAACUCUACGGGUGGCACUCGCGCAAACGCAACCACACGCUCCGGCUUCGUGGCCAACAGGCGCCACUCCUCGACCUCCGUCUAUGGCUCGUCCAGCGGCGGAAAACUUUACCGUGCGCCGAGUAGUAGCAGCGGCUGGAUGGGCGACUCCUCCGUCGGCUCGAGACGCAGCAGCUCCUCGGGGAGCAGCUUGUUCGAGGGCGGCGUGGCGCACGACGUCAAGAAGAGGAAGGAGGAGCGCAAUACUACCACUACUGCCAUGUCCAGCGGCCGCAGCUGGUGGACACUGGUAACCAGCGCGCGAGCCGCCGCUGCCGUCGCCGCUGGUGGUUCUGCCGGCCGCCGCAACAAAUCGCCAAAAUCGUAUAGCUCCGACAGCUCCCUCACCCCGUCGAGCGACGACACGCGCCCUAGCAAUAGGGGCCCCACGCGACGCGCAUCGGCUGUGGCGGCGCUGGGCGGCGCGCUGUUUGGCUUCGGCGGAAGCAGCAAGAAGAAGCAGCAGACGACAAGAGGUGCGGGCGCGGGGGUCUAUGCCGAAGAGCGCAACGGGAACGGGAGCGAGCGCAGGUCGGCGUCCUCGUAUAGGGAGCACACUUAUGGAGGACUGGAGCAGAAACAGAAUACUCCUCCUCCUCCUCCCAGCACCGUCGUUCGCGCGUUUCCAUCUCUGAGCUUGAGCGUGAGCGUGAGCAAACACAUUCUUACCAGGGACCUUUUCCACAGCAGCAGCAGCAACAGCAAUUCGGGCAACAGCAACAAGCGCAGUUUGGGCAAUUCGGGCAACAAACGCAGUUCGGGCAGCAGCAAGCGCAAUACGGGCAGCAACCCUAUCUACCGCAAUGGCAGCAGCAGCAACAACAUCAACACCAGCAGCAACAUCAGCAGCAGCAGUCGGUACAACAAAUCGCACAUCAGCAUCAUGAGCAGUAUCAACAGUCGGGGUCAGCAGCAGCAACAACAGCAACAAAGGCAACGGUAA